AUGUCUAUGGUAACAUUAUCGCCAGAGAAUCCUGUCAACGGAGAAAACUCUGGGCAAGAAGGGCCCCUAGCCAACGAAUCCCAUGAAAAGGAGAAUACUGGUGAGCUCGAAGUUUUUGAAGUAGCAAACGGGAACUCGGAAGAACAAGUAGAACAAGAAGAAAAAGAAGAAAAAGAACAUAUUGGUGAACAAAAUCCCGAAGAUCGUAUAUUUGAUGAGACGAAAGAGAUUGCAGAGUCUGACAACGAAUUGGAGGAGAGCAAGAGCUCAGAUGUGGAAUCAGAGUCUGGAUCAGAGUCUGGAUCAGAGUCUGACAGUGACUCGAAUUCUGACUCUAGCUCAGACUUGAGCGCAGGUUCCGAGUCUGAGGAAGAAGGUGAGGUUGCGGUAUCCGAUAACGAGAGCGACGUGUCUGCCGAGCCCAUAAAGUCCAAGAAUGAACAAGAGGAAGAAGGUCUAGAAUUGCCCGAAGAUUAUUCUAUUCCCCCAGAUGCGCCUAUUGAGUACAUCGGUAAUAUUACAGCCCUUGUUGAGAGAAGCAUUGUGAUAAAGGCAAGCGUUUCAGGUGAGAUACGCGUUUUGAAAGAUGGCUCAAUUCUCUGUUUAGAAGAUAGAACGUUAGUCGGCCCACUCUUUGAGACAUUUGGGAGAAUUCAAUCUCCUUCGUAUCGUGUUAAGUUUAAGACAGAAGAAAAGUUUGAAGCAUUCAAGGACAAAAAAGGCGCAAAGGUUUUCUAUGUUGUUCCCGAAUCCGAAUUUGUGCUUACGUCUCAAAUAAAGACAAUAAAGGGAAGCGAUGCUAGUAAUUGGAAUGACGAAGAAAUCCCUGAGGAAGAGCAGGAAUUUUCUGAUGACGAGAAGGAAGCAGCAAUGAAAGCUCUUAAAAAACGAAAGAAGAACCAAAAGAAAGACGAAUUAACAAAGAGGCCGAUUCCGAAUCACAUGAGGUCGCAACUGACUUCUCUGCCAAAAAAGGGAGCUUCCCAGGCAGGAACUCCUCUUCAAGCUCUACAGUCCCCGAAGCAAGAAAUUACUGCGCAAUACGCGGCUGCUACAAACCAGGUACGGCCUAUUGAACCGGAGAAAAUGCAUCAGUCUCUGCAGUGGGCGCAGCCGCUGCUUCCAGUCCAGCCUCAGCAGCAAAUGUAUCAACCUAUGAAUUUUGUGAACCCCGUCCAACAACAAUACUAUCCUCAACAACAGUCAUUUCCUUCCACUACAGGUUAUUAUCAGCAACAUGCUCAAUAUCAAUGGUAUCCCCAGUAUCAGCAAUAUCCAAAUUAUCAGUAUCCUUACCAACAGCCACAGAAUGCGCAGCCUCAAGUUGACCCAAGCGUUUUUCAACAAGUCAGCCAGUUCAUCCAACUAGCUCAAACGCAAACCCAAUCGCAGCGACAAUCAGAACCUCAAAAUCCUACUUUACAGGACAAGGCUGCGAGUCCUCUCUCUGACGACGAGUAUGACCCUGAAAGUGUAUAA